UUCAUCCUCUCACAAAAAAUUUUCCUUUCCAAGAUUUUUUUGCGGAUCGAUUCAUUUGAAAUGGAAAGCCCCGCUUUUUUGGAGAUUUUUAAACUCUAUCUCCCGGCUCUUCACGUCUCAGAUUGUCAACAAAAUACACCGGUGCCAACUACACACUCGUUGGGCGUCGACACGUAUUUCCCGAAAGUUGUUGAGACAAUGACAAGUUUAGUCAAUUUCGAUUUCAUGGAAAAAAUGGGGCAAUUCCCCGAAUGUUAUAACUUUUCUCAACUCACGCAACUCACCGAAUUGAAACUAUUCGCUAAUUAUAAAAGAACCAGAAAAAUACUAUUGCCAACGAGUCUUGUUUCUUUGUGUUCCAAUUGUUUCAUCGAAAACUCAAAGGACGUGAUUGUUGAGAAGAAGAGAGGAAUCACGAGUCUUCGACUCAAGAAGUUAACCUUAUGUGAAUGUUCCAUUGACAAGAUCCCCGAAGAUAUUAUAGAAAUCUCGAUAAUUAGUACUCUAACUCCAAAAACUCUCAAAUUCACACGUGUCACACAACUCAAAUUGUGUGAUUGCAACGUGAAGAAUUUGACCAUUCCCUCCUCUUGUCAAGCUUUGACCUUGGAAUGCACAUCCCUACAGAAUCUCUCCUUUAUUUAA